UGCUUGCACACACUCAACAACCUUGAACACACAUGCUCCGCCCCACCCGCGCCUCUCCUCGGCUCGCCGGGCUCAAGCCGGCCCGGUCGCAGUCGCCGUCGCGUGCCGGCGGCUCCACGCCCGCCACCUCGUCGACGAAGCCCGCACGCAAGGCUGGCGGCAAGCCCCAGCCAGAGUACGAGUUUGGCGGCCCAGCCGGCGCGGCGGGCGUGAUGCUGCUCCUGCCGCUGGUCAUCGGCUUCCUGUACGCGGGGUGCGGCAAGCACGGGUGCAUACGCCUGCCCGAGGACGCGCUCGACGUGCUCGCCGCCGCACCGCUCGCUCCGCUGUGGGACUGGACGGCUGCGGCGGUGGUGGCUGGGUGGACGGCGCUGCACUUCCUGCUGUACGUCGCGCUGCCGGGGCCGCGGGUGGAGGGCGUCGUGCUCGCGGACGGCUCGCGCCUCAAGUACCCGAUGAACGGCCACCUCGCCUUUUGGCUCUCGCUCGCCGGCUUUUGGCACGGGCUGCCGCUGCUCGGCUGCAAGCAGUCGUGGGUGUACGACGCGUACCUCCCGCUCGCGACGGCGGCGUGCGCGCUGUCGGUCGCCCUCUCCGUCUGGUCGCACGCCCUCUCCUACCUCCCGAACACACCCCUCGCCGAGGGAGGCCAGACGGGCAACCCGGUGUACGACUUCUUCAUCGGGCGGCCGCUCAACCCGCGGAUCGGGUCGCUCGACCUCAAGGCGUGCUGCGAGCUGCGGCCGGGGCUGGUCGGGUGGGCGGUCCUCAACUUGGGGCUGGCGGCGAAGCAGCACGAGCAGCAGGGCGAGGUGUCUUGGUCGAUGGUCGCCGUGGUUGGGGGGCAGCUCCUGUACGUGUGGGACGCGCUCUACAACGAGCAGGCGAUCCUCACCACCAUGGACAUCACCACUGACGGCUUCGGCUUCAUGCUUGCCUUUGGCGACCUCGCUUGGGUCCCCUUCACCUACUCGCUCCAGGCGCGCAUCCUGGUGGACCACGACCCUCGCCUCCCCGCGCCGGCCGUCGCCGCCAUCGCCGCCCUCGGCGCGCUCGGCUACGUCGUCUUCCGCGGCGCCAACUCGCAGAAGGACGCCUUCCGACGCGACCCGUCCGACCCUGCCGUCUCGCACCUGCAGUGGAUGCAGACCAAGCGCGGCACCAAGCUGCUCGUCUCGGGCUGGUGGGGCGCAGCGCGAAAGAUCAAUUACACCGGCGACUGGCUGAUGGGCCUCUCGUGGUCGCUCGCCUGCGGCGCCGCCUCGCCGGUGGCCUACUUCUACCCAGUCUACUUUGCGGUCCUGCUCGUCCACCGCGCGCUGCGAGACGACCACUUCUGCGCCACCAAGUACGGCGCCGAUUGGGAGGCGUACAAGCGGCGCGUCCCGUUCGUCUUUGUGCCAGGCAUCCUCUGAGUAGUCCUCGGAGGAUCCCGCCGAGGCGCGACCGCCGGCGAGGCAUGCUGUAUGCCCGGCGCGGCAGAGGGCAGAGCCCGUGCCGCCGGGUCAUAUCCUCAUAUCCGAGGCAGACGCCGCGCACAAUCAUUCGCGUUCCGAUGACCGAUGUGAGGACGCUCAGCAUAGGAGAUCAGUAAUUACGCGGGUACCCAGCGUCACGCUCGAGCGCUACAACGCAUUACGAUUACGCGUGCUGUGGCCUUGCUAGGAGCUCGCGCUCAGCGGCGCCUUUGCACUUGAACUCUUGAGAAGACUCUCUUACAUAUGUAUAAAAGUGAAAUCGACGAUCGCAUGCGAAGCGUUGCGCGACUCCUAGCGUUAUGCGAGGGGGGGCGCCGCGCUGCACACAGACACACAUCACAAACUCAGGACACAGGAGCGCAUGGGACGGUGCAGGGCUCGCUCUCCUCUCGCUCUCCGCUGCCACACAUAUGCAUGUCACAUGUGCAGCACCAUGGACGUGCCGUUCGUACCUCUACCUGCCCUGCGCAUACUCGAUGAUCCCGGAUCCUAGAUCCAAUACAUUAGCUUCCGCCACUCUCGGGCCUCUAAAUUAACUUCGGUGCCAGCGCGCCAGCCAGCGCUGCCCUCGGUGUGCCAGCUCAGACGGUAGUGCCCGUCUUCGUCAACUUUACUUGAUCCAUAGUCGCAGCCGAGGACGUCUGCAGUGCACAGCGUGACGGCGGCGACGCGGGAGAAGCCAAAGGACCCCCCGUCCUCCUCCUCGUCUUCAAUGUAAUUGUACCAAAAGGCCCCGUUCUCCUCGUGCGUCUCAUUCUCGCUGCUCGUCCGUCGCAGCACCUCGUCGCGCCGCCCGCACGCACCGAGCGCGAUGGUGCCGUCGGGUGCCCUCGCUCCAACAAAGAUGUGCGUCGCCUCCGCCGGCACGCUCUCGAUUUUCAUAAGAGUCGUUACGUGGGAGUACGGCUCAUCGAUGUGCUGCUUCCAUCCGGUGAGAAAGGCAUUUGGAAUCGACCGAUGCACGCCAUGAGACAUGCGCGGCCGA